AGCCGCGUUAGCGCACAUAUUAAAUGUCACUUUUAAAAAACUACAGCUCCCAGUGUUCGUUGGAAAGUUACAACAUGGCCGCCCCCCUCUGUUGCAGCAAGUGAGCUGCUACAUAAACAUGAACAAACAAAUGUCAAUGUUGUGUCCAAAGGCUUCGCGUGUCAUAAGACGGAUAAGCACGUCGAGUUUACGAUGCGACAGUCAACCGCAGCCGAGAGCCAAAAGUGCCCCCCAGCAGCUGGUUGGAGUUGUGGGUUUGGAAGUCCAUGCGCAGAUAAACUCCAACACCAAGUUAUUCUCUGGCUCAUCGGUUCGCUUCUCGGCACCUCCAAACUCCCUGGUAUCAUUCUUUGAUGCAUCAUUACCUGGGACAUUACCUGUCCUGAACAAACGAUGUGUCGAGGCAGCAGUGAUGACAGGGUUGGCUCUCAACUGCACCAUAAACAGGAAGUCCCUGUUUGACAGAAAACACUACUUCUACGCUGACCUCCCUUCCGGAUACCAGAUCACUCAACAACGGCAGCCCAUUGCAGUAGAUGGCACGCUGACUUACAGCCUCCUCGGAGGAACAAAGAGGAGCCAGGUGAUCAGAAAAACUGUCAACAUCAAACAGAUUCAGCUGGAGCAGGACAGCGGCAAGAGUCUCCAUGACGACCUCCGCAGCCAGACACUCAUAGACCUCAACAGAGCAGGUGUAGGUCUAAUGGAGCUGGUGAUGGAGCCAGACAUGAGCUGUGGAGAGGAGGCUGCCGCAGCUGUCAGGGAACUUCAGCUCAUCCUGCAAGCCCUGGGCACCUGUCAAGGCAACAUGUCUGAGGGCCAGAUGAGAGUAGAUGCCAAUGUGUCUGUCCAUAAACCGGGUGAACCCCUGGGCAUCAGGGCAGAGGUGAAGAACAUCAACAGCGUUCGAUGCCUGGCCAGGGCUAUAGACUACGAGAUCCAAAGACAGAUCGAAGUUCUGCAGAGAGGGCAGACGGUGCAAAACGAGACCCGGGCGUAUGAUUCCAAAUCGGGGGAGACCAUUCCCAUGAGGGACAAAGAAGGUCUUCAGGACUACAGGUUUAUGCCAGAACCCAACCUGCCCCCUCUGAUCGUGUAUGAGGAUAACGCAUCGCUGCCCACUGGCAUUGAUGCAUGCCAGGCGGUGGUGGUGCACAAGAUAAGGGAAGGGCUGCCAGAGCUACCCGGUGUCAAAAGAGACAGGCUGGUGCAAACGUACGGCAUCCUGCCCGAGCACAGCUUCACUCUGGUGAAUGAGGACGGGCUCGUGGAGUACUUCGAAGCGGUGAUGAAGGUGACCAAGAAGGAGCCGAGGAAGGUGAUUGGCUGGGUGACAAAUGAGCUGUUGGGUCACCUCAAAGAGAAAGACAUGAGUGUGAGCCACAGCCCUAUCUCCCCUUCUGCCUUGGCUGAGCUGCUGGAACUCCAGGAAACGGGACAUAUCUCGUCUUCGGCUGCCAAGCAGGUGUUCCAGGAGAUGUGGAGGUCACCGGGCAAGCCGGCCUCGCAGAUCAUCCAGGAGCAGGACAUGGGCCUGGUUAGCGACGCUGCACGGCUGCACAGCAUCUGUCAGAAGGUGGUAGACUCGCACCCCAAUGAGGUUCACGCCAUCAGAAAUGGAAACAAGAAGGUUCUGAACAAGCUGAUGGGGCUGGUUCAGAAAGAGACCAAAGGACGAGCUGACCCAGUUUUAGUCAUGGCCAUUUUACAAGAGAAGACUUCAUGAAGGUCAAACUUUUCAUCACAGUCUCAGAGUCAAAUCAUCGUAUAUAUGACCUACAGUACAUGAAAGACAAAUCAUAUGUGCAGAGUAAUCAUGCCGCAUGGUACCUGCUCUCUGAUGGUCGAGCUGAAGACGAAGCUUUAGUUGCUCUUGAGAGUUUGGCAUUUUUUUGUAAAUAC